UGAAUUACAUCUUAUUUGUUGGUCGCUCCGGUGAAACUUCUAAGAACGUAAGAGAACUGAAUAAUAGUAUCAAAACCCCUCAUCUCCAGCUUUUACGAACUCUAUUCUUUACACAUCUAACCAAAUGCCUAUAAAAUCUAAAGUGUUUUCUCUUACAUCGGUCUCUCACGACUUCAUGAUACUGCCAUCUUCUUGCCUUAUAGUUCCACUCAGGAGCGCGAGUCUAAGAAAGAUAACUUUUGUUUUCUGUCAGAACUCAUGUACACCAAAUCUAUUUCCCACAAAUCAACAACGGUCAUUUAAAUCGCAUACCUAUGGGGUAUACAAAGCAGUCUAUGACCAACGAAAGUUCAUACCGGAAAGGAAGGAUCCUGAGGAGGAGGAACACUCCUACAAGAAACUCGUCGAAGCAUUGGCCAACAGGCCAAUGACUGAUUCUCCAAUUUCGGAUUUUAUUUCCAGAUUUCGAAUUGUUAGGCGCUUUUACAAAUAUUGGACCGCUGGUCGAAAACCAACCGGAAAGACACACUUCCUUGGACGUGAGUUCCUGGGACCCCAUACACCAGAAGUUAAGAGAGCUCGGGAAGUAGUUGAAAGGCUGUUUCUUGUGCUUCCAGAUGGUCAUAUAUUUCGGCGCGUGGAAGUUGUCAAGAAUCCCGGAGGUACUAACGCCUCGGCUACCUGGGAUGGGGUGAUCGUCAUAGAUCAAGGGAUCUUUCAUUUCGCCUACAGUGAUAACCUUCUAGCCUACCUCAUAGGUCAUGAAAUGGCUCAUCAUUUGCUGCGGCAUAAUGAUAAAAUGAGUCCCGGAUCGGAAGCUUACAACAAGAUCAUAGCUCUCCGCGCUUUCUUCACUGACCUGUCGUCACACCAACCGUCCGUCCUUAAUCAUAUGAUGAACACACAGAUUCUCAAAAAUCGGAAAAUGAGUAGAGAUCAUGAGUUUGAAGCCGACGAGGAAGGUAUGAUGAUCAUGUGGAGAGCUGGCUAUAAUCCAAAAGCUUGCAUGGAAUUUGAAAGAAAACGCGUAGAAAGGGAUAAGCAACUCAAAAGAUUAAACAAAAACUCCGAUAAUGAGGACAAUCCUGCAUUGUGGAGACAUCCAUCCCACGACCAAAGAUUAGAACGUUUGAUACGCUGCCAUGCCGGAAGAGAGGGCGAGGUCGAUGGAUGGUGGAAAGAAAAUCAACUAGCAGUGUACGAUCGAAAGCAACGUCAAGAUGCAGAGAAACAAGCGAGAGAGAAACUGCAGAAACAAAAGGUGACAUAUCAAUGGAAAGCACCGGCCAAUGUAACUCGCGAUACCGUCUCCUUGGGAAAUUCCAACCGAAUCAGCAACGGGAAAAAGGAGACAAGACCAAGCACGCAAUUGAAAGGAUCCAAAAAUAAGCUGAAGAAUUGAGUGUGGCUUCGAAACACCCAGCAUCGAGAAACAGCAAGUAUACUUUCGACAUUGAAUCCACUUAACCUUUUGACCAAUAUGUUUACUCCGUUUCCGACUAGCCUUGUCGUUUGCUCUUUCGCAUAGUGAGAACUACUUCCAUCUCACCUUGCGCUGGAAGUAAUAAUCUGCACUUCAAUUCAAGUCGCCUUAGCGCCGUGAUAAUUUGAAUGUUCAUGGCGAUUUGUGUCGUCUAUUACAAGCCAUCACUCGCACCAGAAGCAUCGAACCAAGCGAAAUUUUUAUUUUUCAAAAACUCUCAUUAUCGAUUGCAUCCUUAUUCCUCUGUCAAAAAUUAACAUCAUUAUCAUCGAAUAUUUAAUCCGAAUUUCCAUCACCCCAGCCACGAAUGCCGCUUCAUGAAAACAAUCAUCAGAACCACUUCAACAUAUCCUUCCACUCUGGCUUAAAUUCUCACAACAAUCUGGCCACCAACAACCUCGGGUCAAGCCUUCUCAAAGCUCACAGACUCCAGAUUAAGAUAAAUAUUAAAUGUUGAGUCUGGAGUCUGCAGACCA